CGAAAAUGAGUGAUCUGCUGUUGAAUCUCCAUGGUCUUCGAGGACGGAUAGUACCUGUGCACAAACUUGUCAGCCAAGUCGUCCAACGAUGUGAUGGAUAGUGGGGGAUGGGUCUCUAACCACCUCUUCGAAUGCCCCGCCAAAGAAUGGGGGAAAAGGUGGAGACAAAUCGCAUCAUCGGGUACACCAUUCAUCUUGAAUCCAUUUGUUAGUUACAGGAACCGGGAAACGUGUACCAUCGCCUCCUCAUCCUUCAAGCCAUGGAAAUGGAUAGAGGAUGUAAUCAAUUGAAUCCAGCAUGGCUUGAUCUCAAAUUUGUUUGCUGGAAUGUGCGGAUACAAGAUGACAGGGCGGAUGUCGGCGACCCGUGGAGUGUAGUAGUACUCCAUAGUAGAACCCAACGGGGGUGGUGGAAGCUAAGCCCCAUCUGCCUGGGGGACUGGGUUGUUCCCCAGGAUCUGAUUCACUGGGGGAACCUGCAUGGGCAUCCCGAGGGGUUGAUUCUGCCCCAGGUUAAGGUUCCCCCUAUUGUGUUUGUCGCCAUUCUCGUAUUCCUCUUCGAAGUCGCAGCUCAGAUGGCCGUCGAGGUGCACUUCCUCCGUAGCCAGUCUUGCUCUCUGUUGUCUCCUUAGUUGGCGACAGGGGCGUUCUAGCUCCGGAUCUAACGGUAGUAAACCUCCCGACUGGCUACGGGUCAUGCACUACUUGUACACAGCCAAGCAAGCAAACCCGUGAAGACACAAGUGGGAAAAGCGAACAAUCAAUGCGGAAAAGAAAUGCUAAAGUAACAG